ACAGAUUCAACUCUCCGGUGCGUUCGUUGUUUGGCUGCCUCUGCUCGCAGCCAUGGGGAAAGGAUUCUACAUUAGCAAGGCGUUGGGAGUCACGUUGAUCAUAUUUGGUGUUGGAGCUGUGGCCACCAUCAUCGCUUUGUCAGUUGUUUAUUCUCAGGAAAAGUCGAACAAUGGGGUUGAGCCCACUAAUGGGGAGGUUACACCCACCACAACUGCUUCUACCCCCACCACCCCGACAACCCCAAAGGAACCGUGGGACCACUACAGGCUGCCUGUGUCUUUGGCACCCGUCUCCUACAAUGUAACCCUGUGGCCACGACUGCAGAAGAAUCCAGAUGGCCUCUACAUCUUCACAGGACAUUCGGCUGUGGUAUUCAAGUGUGUGAAGGAGACAGACCUGAUCCUCAUUCACUCUAACAAGCUUAACCUGACCCUGUUUGAAGGACACCAUGCCAAACUGACUGGGAUAGAUGGAGCUACUGCACCCAACUUGAUGAAAACCUGGUUGGAGGAGAAGACACAGUACCUUGUAGUUCAGCUUAAUAGUAAACUAACCGUUGGAAAGUUUUACGAGCUCUAUACCGAUUUUGUAGGAGAGUUGUCAGACGAUCUGGGAGGAUUCUACAGGAGUGAAUAUUUUGAGGACUCAGUGAAAAAAGUUGUAGCCACCACUCAAAUGCAGCCAACAGAUGCCCGAAAAGCCUUUCCGUGCUUUGAUGAGCCUGCGAUGAAAGCCAUCUUCCACAUGACCAUUAUUCAUGCUCAUGGAACUGUGGCUCUGGCCAAUGCAAUGAAUUACGAACCAAUAAACGUUACCAUCGGAGACCAGUCUCUCAGCCAAACCAGUUUCGAACCAACAGAGAUUAUGUCCACCUAUUUACUGGCUUUUGUAGUCAGUGACUUCACAUUUAUCGGAACACCUGAAGGUGCUAAAGUUCUGAUCAGAAUCUGGGCACGCAGAAAAGCCAUUGAAGAAGGUCAGGGACUUUACGCUCUUAAUAAAACAGGUCCAAUCCUGGAGUUCUUUGAAAAAUAUUAUAACUCCAGCUACCCUUUAACCAAAUCAGACCAGAUUGCUCUGCCUGACUUUAGUGCAGGGGCUAUGGAAAACUGGGGCCUCAUCACCUACAGAGAAACUGCCCUUUUAUACAAUCCUACAAUGUCCUCCAAUGGAGAUAAGGAAUGGGUGGCCACAGUUAUAUCCCAUGAACUGGCUCACAUGUGGUUUGGGAACCUGGUGACCAUGAAAUGGUGGAACGAUUUAUGGCUAAAUGAAGGAUUCGCCUCCUACGUUUCCUAUCUCGGAGCUGACUCUGCAGAACCUACAUGGAACAUUAAAAAUCUCAUUGUCCUGAAUGAAGUCCAUGGUGUGAUGGCUGUGGACGCCCUUGCCUCCUCCCAUCCACUCUCAUCCAAAGAGGAGGAUAUCAUGAGACCUGAGCAAAUCAGUGAGCUGUUUGACUCCAUUACUUACAGCAAGGGUGCUGCUGUGCUAAGGAUGCUUUCAGAUUUCCUAACUGAGACUGUCUUUGCCAAAGGACUUAGUACUUACUUGAAUGAGUUUAAGUAUGGCAACACUGUCUACAAAGAUCUUUGGAGGCAUCUUCAAAUGGAUUUAUGUAUGUUUGUGGAUGUCCAUAGUUAUGAGUGGUUUGUUCCUAUAAUGUGGAUCAAAAACGGUAACAAUCAGAAACAGCACUGGCUACUCACAAAAAAAGGUACUCACACACCAAUGAAAACCACUGGAAAUGAGUGGGUGCUGGCCAACACUAACGUGUCUGGGUUCUAUAGAGUGAACUACGACUCUGCUAACUGGGAGCGCCUCCUUACUCAGCUGGACACCAACCACCAGGAAAUUCCUUUGAUCAACAGAGCUCAAAUUAUUGAUGAUGCUUUUAAUCUUGCAAGGGCAAAGAUUGUGGAGACCACACUGGCUUUGAGAACUACAAAGUUCCUCCUCAAGGAGAGAGAGUAUAUGCCUUGGCAGACUACCCGGAGGAACCUGGACUAUUUCAUCCUCAUGUUUGACCGUAGUGAAGUUUAUGGACCUAUGCAGGCUUACAUCAAGAAACAAGUCACACCUCUUUUCAACCAUUUUAAAAAUAUCACCACAAACUGGACAAAAAUCCCUGACUCUCAUACUGACCAGUACAACCAAGUCAAUGCCAUCUCUAUGGCAUGCAGUACUGGUGUGGAGGGAUGUGCCGAGUUGACCACAGGCUGGUACAAACAAUGGAUGAACAAUCCCUUGAAUAACCCGAUUCCUCCCAACCUGAGAUCCACCGUGUACUGUAGUGCCAUAGCAGCAGGAGGGGUGGAUGAGUGGGACUUUGGCUGGGACAUGUACAAGAAUGCCACCAUAGCCUCAGAGGCGGACAAGCUGAUGUCCGCUCUGUCAUGUACAAAAGUGCCAUGGCUACUGAACAGGUAUUUGGAGUAUAGCCUGGAUCCAGAAAAAAUUCGCAAGCAGGAUGCUACUUUUACAAUUGUUUAUAUUGCUGGCAAUGUUGUCGGGCAGCCCCUGGCCUGGGACUUUGUCAGAGCUAAAUGGGACUUUAUAUUCAAUGACUAUGGUGGAGGUGGACUUUCAUUUUCAAGGCUUAUCGAUGGUGUGACCAGACGUUUCUCAAGCGAAUUUGAUUUAAAACAGUUGCAGCAGUUCAAGGACGAAAACAUUGAGGGAGGAUUUGGUUCAGCCACACUGGCAUUGGACCAGGCCCUGGAGAGAACCAGAACUAACAAAGAGUGGGUGACAGAGAACAAGGAGCAGGUGCUUAAGUGGUUCACUGAUGAAUCUACUUCAGCUGCUUACUAACCGCACUGACUUAAACUAAGAUCCAAACUUAAAUUAUGAACUGACAUACUUAAUUUGUGGACAAUGUUUCAUACUUUGACAGUUAUAUUUCUAUUUUAUUCCUAUUCUAUGGAGAUGUUGGUUGCAUAUGAAUAUGUUUAUACAUAUUAUGAAUGUAACAUUCACCCCAAAUUCA